AUGACUAACACGGAGCAGGCCAACCUAUCAUGUAAUAAUUACAUUGAGGAUGCAAACAUUACAAACAUUUUCACCGUGCAGCUUGUGGUUGAAACUAUCGCAUUGGGCGUGCUCAAUUUAAUGGUAAUAUGCGGUAAUAUAUUAGUUAUACUGGCCGUAGGGAUAUCGCGCAAACUUCGCUCCGUCACCAACCACUUCAUCGUGUCUUUAGCCAUGGCUGAUCUAUUACUGGGUGUGUCUGUUUUACCUUUUUCCGCUACUCUAGAACUGUUGUCGUUUUGGGUGUUUGGGAAGACAUGGUGUGUCAUAUGGUUGGCGGUGGAUGUAUUGAUAUGCACGGCUUCUAUACUCAAUUUAUGUGCUAUUAGUUUAGAUAGAUAUAUCGCUAUCACUCGACCUAUGAGUUAUUGUCAUAUUAUGUCGAAGUGCAGAGCCAAGACACUCAUCGCCGCGGUGUGGAUAGUAGCAUUUCUCAUUAGCUUCCCUCCUUUAGUUGGAUGGAACGAGAGAAAUAACUCGGUUAUCGGCAUGUUUCAUACGUACAACCGAAAGCAGUGUACUUUAACUUCGGAGCCAAGUUACAUAGUGUAUUCCGCUCUUGGAUCCUUUUUCAUUCCUAUGUGCAUUAUGUUGUUUCUUUACUGGCGAAUUUACCGGGAGGCUACAGAGGCAAUGAAGAGUAAUAAGCGGGGAUAUAAACUAACCAGAGGAAAUGCGGCCGUUUCUAACCUUGACGAAGCUUUGCGCUCUUCAUUAGUUUUGCGCAUUCACCGUGGGAAUUCUAGUCGAUCGAAAGACUACCUGCACCGGUGCAUGUACAACGGUUACGCGUAUCGGUCCGCGGUUACAGGGACUAACAGAAAGAAGCGCGACAGGUUACGUUGUUUCAUUGGUCAACAAACAAGAAAUGGUAGACUGCAGCGAGAAUCCGAGAGAUCCGGCCGUAAGUCAUCUACAAAAAUAACGGAACAUCUGAAGAAGCUACACAAGGAAACUCGCGCUGCCAAGACACUGGCAAUUAUCGUGGGCGUGUUUAUUCUGUGCUGGAUGCCUUUUUUUACAGUGUACCUAAUCGGUGCAUUUUGUCCUAACUGCACCCCAACGGUAGUGUUCAAGAUAUUCUUUUGGGCGGGUUAUUGUAAUUCCGCGAUUAACCCAUUUAUAUAUGCCCGUUUUAGCAAGGAUUUCCGCCACGCGUUCAAAUACAUCUUAGGUUGUUGUAGUAAAGGUAUGCUAGGGAAGAGUUCGAUGGUGUCAGUGUCGAGAUGUUCCAAUACUGGCAGAGAUAGCGUCAUUAUGACUACAAUUGACCACCCUAUAUUCCGUCGUCGAUCAAGUUCACGGAGCUCGCACGAAGCGCAAAACGUAAUUGUUCACACAGGUAUAAACGUGUGA